CGAACACCUCGUAACCUCGUGUCUCGUUUGUCAAACCUUGAAAGUCUAUAUCCGUCUGGAUAGUUUAGACUACACGAUAUUUGACAGAAAUCUCUGUUUUAAAAAAGAUUUAGUCGUUCUGAGAGAAAUAUUGCAAGAUACAUUACACUUUAUUUACAAUGAUGACUUGUCCAAAAUCUUGUGAUACAUUUGUGGCAUUACCACCAGUAACUGCCAAUGGGUGUGUUGUGUUUGGUAAGAACUCUGAUCGACCUUUGACGGAAGUUCAAGAAGUUGUCUACUACCCAGCUAAAGAUCAUGAUAGUGGUAGCAAGCUUCAGUGCACAUAUAUAGAAAUAGAAGAAGUGAAUCAUACGUAUAGUGUGAUAUUGAGUAAACCAGCGUGGAUGUGGGGAGCUGAGAUGGGAGCUAAUGAACAUGGUGUAUGUAUAGGAAAUGAAGCUGUAUGGAAUAAACUCAACAGUUCUGAUGAUCUAACAGAAAAACUACUAGGAAUGGAUUUACUGAGACUUGGUUUAGAAAGAAGUAAAACAGCUAGAGAAAGUGUGGAUGUUAUAACAUCACUACUGAAACAAUAUGGACAAGGUGGUAACUGUGAGGAAGCCUUGACACAGUGGUCAUAUCAUAAUAGUUUCAUAAUGGCUGAUCAAAAAGAAGCAUGGGUGUUAGAAACAGUGGGUAAUCACUGGGCAGCAGAACAUAUUACAGAGGGUGUACGUAAUAUUUCAAAUGAGUACUCAAUAACAACAAAAAUGGAUCUGACCUCCGAUGGUUUAAUUGAGAUGGCAACUGAGAAAGAUUUAUAUUCUUCAAGUCAAGGAGAAUUUAAUUUUGCUCAAGUAUUUUCUGGCAGUGGUGGUACUAGCAACCAGAGUACACGAUAUCGUCAUGGGCUUAGAAUGCUCAAAGAUCUAUCAAAAUCAGGUGAGUUUGGAGUUAAGGAUAUGAUGAGUAUAUUACGAGAUGAAGAUAGUGGUAUUUGUAUGACUGGAGGAUUUACAUCGAUGGGAAGUCAGGUUUCUGUGAUCAGUCCUGCAGCUUCAAGUUUCCCAUCAUGCCACUGGUUCACGGCCACACCUAAUCCUUCAAGAAGCUUCUACAAACCAUUUCUGUUUGGUCCUGGCGCAAAAACUGGCGAUGCUACAAAAUCACCUGAAUACGGUGAUCAGGACCCAGCCAAGGUCAUACCAAGGUUUAAAUCAACAGUCGAUAGACGACAUCCACUAUUUAAAGGUCAUGAAAAAUUCUCAUCAUUAUUGGAUAAAGAUGACCCAAAGAGUCUGAUGAUUUUGGAAAAUAUAAAAGAGUUAGAAAAUAAUUGUAUAGCUGACAUGGAGGAAGUCUUGUCAAAUUUCGGUGAAAAUAGUUUUUAUAAGAUUAGCGAAAUUUUUAGUCACAUGUCCAACUUAGAGCUUAAUUUCUAUAAAUAGCUUUUCUAAUCUACAUGUGGUACAGUCCACCACACAAUUGUCAUACCCCAUGCUCUACAUAUGAUAGUCUGAUCUGUUAUAGAUCUUAGGCUGAAUGUGAGGCAUGUAAAAAGUGGUCAUACAGUAUUUACAAUAUAUUGUAAUAAUAUAAAUAUUAUCGGUUGUGUUUAUAUUAUUGAUGUCUAAGCGAAUGUAUGUACAUGUAUAAGGAGCUUUGGGUAUCAUAAUUUAAAACUGUGCUAGCUUAUUUUCUUCAAAUGGUUCCUUCUCUUUGAUCAAGAUGAAAAAUAAAUAUGUUAGCUUCAUUGGAUUGUAUAUGUAGAUUUUUAUAUGUUUAUAUGGACGUAUAUUGUUGUUGCCCUGUCCAUUCGGACGUGCGUCUGUCCUUCCACAAUUUGUUCGUGGACACUCUACAGGUUGCGAAUCUGAUUUUGACGAAACUUGAAAUAUAUUUUUAUUUUCAAAAGAUAUUUGCGCAUAUUGGAUUGUAACUUCCUGAAUUAUGGCCCUUGAUUGUAUGAAAAAUCAUGUUUUUAGCUUGUGGUCCCUCUAGUGGUCACAAUUAUUAUCCGAUUUAAAAAAUCGUUCUAUUAUAUCACUGUUACACUGUAAUGUCGCUUGCCUUUGGAUUUCAUGAAUAUUGUACCAAAACCUACGGGACAAAAUGGCCGCCCCUCGUACGCAAACAGUGUAAAAUAUGAUAUAUCAAGUUUCUUUCGAUAUUUGCGCAUAUCGGAUCGUAACUUCCUGAAUUAUGGCCCUUGAUUGUACAAAAAAUCGCGUUUUUAGCUUUUGGUCCCUCUAGAGGUAACAAUUUUUACCCAAUUUAAAAAAGACUGUUUGAAUAUAUCACCAUUACAUCCUAAUGAUGGUUGAGUUCAAAUUUCAUGAAAAUCGGACCAAAACUGCUGGACAAAAUGGCCGCCCCUCGUAUGAAAUAGUGUAAAUAAAUGGUAUAUCAAGAGGUCACAAUUUUGAUGAAACUUGAAAUACAUAUUCAUAACCCAAAGAUCUUGGUUCCUGUUGAUAUUCGUGCAUAUCAGAUUGUUACUACCUGAAUUAUGGUCCCUGAUUGUACAAAAAAUCACAUAUUUAGCUUGUGGUCCCUCUAGAGGUCACAAUUAUUAUCCGAUUUAAAAAGAAAAUUUGAAUAUAUCACCAUUACACCAUAAUGUUGGUUGAUUUCAAAUUUUGGAAAAUCGGACCAAAACUGCUGGACAAAACAAUCUAAAAAUAUGGUAUUCACAAUUUUGAUGAAACUUUAACCCUUUCAAUGCUAGACGUAAAUCCACUGCCUGUGCUAGACCCUUUUUUGGGGAAAAAAGGGAGGUUGGAACUGAAUGCCAAGCAGUACUUAUGGAAGCUUUUAUGAAAAAUCUUUUUGUCUGUUGGGAUGGGCAUGAGGUUGGGCUAAGAGGAAAAAAUAGAAUUUUGGAAAUUUGCAUAAUAAUGUAGUCACGUGACGUCAUGGCGGCCAUUUUGGAUUUCUCAUUUCUCACUAAAGCUAACAGGAAAACGAAUAUUUCUCCAUGAAAUACUUAAAAGAUAUUGUUUUUUUCACUGGAUUUUGAUAAAGAUAUAUAAAAUGAACAAAAAUAUCAAUAGCAGCCAUGAGCAAUGCUGCCACGAACACACGCAUCACGUCUCCCGCUGCCAUGACCACGUGCAGAUUGCAAUACCUUGUUUUUACUUUCACUUUCACUUUCAUCCCAAGUCCCAUAUCAUUAUCAAUAUAGUCAGUCAAUAGAUCUACACGUUCGGGACUCAGGAAUUGCCUACGUCUUUUACGAUCCAGCAGGCCAGCAUUAUUAUCAAGGUUGUGGUCUCUCUAGAAGUCAGAAUUUUUAUCCGUUUUUGUCGAAACUUACACAUCAAUGAAGGUUGAGUUCAAAUUUCGUAAAAAUCUGACCCAAACUUCCGAACAAAAUGGCCGUUCCUUGUAUGCAAAUAGUGUAAAAGUAUGUAUACCAAGGUUGCGGACACUCUAUAGAAGUCACAAUGUUUAUCCGAUUUUGAUGAAACUUGAAAUAUAGGUUUAUCACCCUAAGAUCUCGGUUCCUUUUGAUGUUUGCGUAUAUCAGACUGUAACUUCCUGGAUUAUGGCCCCUGAUUGUACAAAAAAAUCACAUUUUUAGAUUGUGGACCCUCUAGAGGUCACAAUUUUAAAAUACAUCUCAAUUUAUCACCGUCACACCCUAAUGACAGUUGAGUUCCAAUUUCGCGAAAAGCGGACCAAAACUGUCUUGACAAAAUGGCGGUUCCUUGUAUACAUGCAAAUAGUGUAAAAGUAUGUCAUACCAAGGUUGUGGACAUCCGAUUUUGAUGAAACUUAAAAUAUAUGUUUAGGUCCCAAAGAUCUUGGUUCCUUUCGCUAUUUGCACAUAUUACACUGUAACUUCCUGGAUUACAACCCCUGAUUGUAGGAAAAAUCAUGCUUUUUAGUUUGUGGAUUCUCUAGAGGUCACAAUAUUUUAUAUCACUAUUCCACCAUAAUGAAGGGGAAAAUCGAAACAAACUGCCCGACCAAAUGGGCGCUCUUUGUAAGCAAAGUGUGUAAAAGUAUGUAAUACGAAGGUUGUAGACACUCUAGAGGUCACAAUUUUUAUCCAGUUUUGUGAAAAUUAAAAUAUAUCUUUACAUCCCAAAGAUCUCAGUCCGUCUCAAUAUUUUGGCACUUCAGACCAUAACUUUCUGGAUUAUGGCCCCUGAUUGUACGACAAAACGCUUUUGUUUUUAGCUUGUUCUCUAUCCAUCUCUUGAAAAAUGUAGGUGUAUCUUGCCUGGCAACCGCUGGUUAUACAAUACAAACAAACUGUGUAACUGGGAUAAAAUAGGCAUUAUUUUAGAGAAUGAUUAGUUUUAUAUUAUUUGAAAAAAAAAAGAAAAAUGAAAUGAUUUCUGUAACGGUAUUUACAACUUGCUUCACAUUCCAUAAAUAACAGUGGUGUAUUAAAUGUUAAAAUUAUGCAAAUAUUGUUUUAGUGAAUGUUCUUGUAAGAUAAUUAGCAUAUGUAAAUGUAUUUAUAGAUAAUUUAAUUUAUUGCCUAAUUAUUACCAUCAAUGUGAUUGAGGUAUAGUGUAUAUUUAUUGUAUGUAAAAUAUUGUGUUAGUGUUUAGAACAAUGUUUAGUGCUAUAAUUGCUAGGCUAUAUAUUUUAAAUCCUUUUUUUGUUAUGAAUAUUUUUUGUUUGUUUUGUUUUAAAUAAAUUCGGGUGUAAUAAUUUGCUUAAGAUUUACUUAAUUCAACAUAGCAGACAAUUAAGUCCUGUUACUAGUUAAUAUACAUACGACAGCUUAUAACUGACAUCAUAGAAGUCAGCAUGUUCAACAUCCACUAUAAUUAAUGGAUUUUGUCAAAUGAAUAGUGAUUAGGAAUUACUGCAUAAACAAAGCAAAAAUAAACUUGAAACAGAACUUUGCACCGUUUUGGUUCAAUCACUUAAUCAUCUGUUAUUAAGUAGGUUAUCGAGUUGUCAGUCAACAGCUGCAGACAGCCAUCUUUUUCUGUGUAAGCUUUAGAGGAUUCAUUACAUAUUUGUUUCUUGGAUAAUUGCAUAAUGAUUUACGGACUCUGAUUUUUGAUAUGACAUCACAAUUCUAAGAUGGCUGUGAUGUCAUACUGUAACUCUUAGGGUUUCAUACCUUUCAAAACUGUAUAUUAUAUCCUGUGCAAUAUUCACUGUUAUAUAUAACAAUCAUUGUAUCUUUGCUGUUUGUUUAUUUCAUGUUAUGCUAUAGCUGUUUCUGUGACUCGUGCUCUGUUCGUUGGGUAAAUGUUAUUAUUACUGGUGUGUCGCUGAAUACAGUAUAUUGUAUGAGCUUUUUGACAGUGCAAUAUUGAAUUUCCAUGGUUUAUGUGCAUAGUAUUAAUAAAAAAUUAUUGAAAAA